AUGAGUUUUUCAGAGUACAAAGAAACAAUUUCAGAAGGCGAUACUGUAAUUCUUUUCUUGGUAAGUACAGUAUUACCUUCUUAACCUUAUUACGUGCAUAUUGAUAUCGCGCAAAUUUCCGCAACUGGCGUCCCAACAUCUUCCCACACAUGUACACCAAGGCAAUCCUCAUUUCAUCCCCGUCACCGUUGCGGUCUAUUUUGUCGAGAACCCCGAUUUUUAUCGGGCCCGGAGGGCUAUUGAGUUUGUAUUCAAGAUCGAGUUUUCACUAGGUUUGCUGAUAAUGUGUGAUGAAAUUAUCGCUGAACAAAACAAAAUGGACCGACUUGUCACCUAUGACUCGCGCUUUUAUUUUCUCGUGUGAAAAUGCCCUGAGUGCAAAUAAAGAAUUUAUUUUUUUGCAGUUUGUUAAAGUUCAAUUAAUCUUUUUAUUUACUUACCGUCUUAAUUAUGGGAUGAUAGUAAAAUAUGCAUUGACUUUCUUAUGCAUUCAUAAUUAUUAUUGAUAAUUAUUAUUGUUAGGGGCACAACUCUAUGCAGACUGUAACUGUGACACCAGGCAAAGUUCAUCAAACAAAAUAUGGUGCGCUACCACAUUCAGACAUGAUAGGAAGACAGUUUGGAACAAAGGUAUGCUAUACUUUAUCACUGACAAAUGUUGCUUCAUUUUUGGCACUUGAGCAGCAAGCAAAUGUGUCACUGAUGUUCUUAUCACAUAUUUGGGCAAUGGUCAAUCACAACAUGCAUAUCAGUCACUGCAUUGUAUAAAUGGCCAUAAAAGUGUAUUCUUUUUCUUCCAAAAUUCCUAUUUUCUUAACAACAAAUACUGUAGGGUCAUUUUAUCAUACAUCAAUUUUUAUUUGUCCUCAGAUGUUUUCGUUGAACAAAAAAGGUUGGGUUUAUCUUCUUCAUCCCACUCCUGAGCUAUGGACAGUUAAUCUCCUGCACAGAACCCAAAUACUCUAUACCACAGAUAUAAGUAUGGUUAUCUUAAGAUUGGCUCUCAAACCAGGCUCUGUUGUUGUUGAAUCAGGUAACAAUGUUCAUUUGCAUUGGAAAAGCUUCUUUACUUUUAGCACAUAGCGAUAAACUUAGAGUUUUUAUUUCUUUUCCUUUUUUUUUUUAUAAAGAUCUUACCUCGUGUACCUUUUAUCUGGCGCCUUGGGAAGGGGAUCUCUUGUCUUGAAACAAUGGAUACAUUUAUGUAUAACUUGUUGCUUGACCCUUCCAAAUAGUUGCUCUUGUGUAGCAUGGCUUUUGGGUAACAAAAACAUUUAAAAUUCCUUGGAGGCCAAUUUUGAUGAAUGAAGUACUGGCAAGGUUUAUAACUACCUGUAUACCAGCUUGGCAUGUACAAUAUCUAAUAAGAUGGAAAGGAGCCUGGUUUUAUCCAUUUGCAGGUACUGGAAGUGGAUCAAUGUCACAUUCACUCAUCCGAACCAUUGCACCAUCGGGUCAUCUUCACACCUUUGAGUUUCAUUCAGAACGAGCAGAUAUAGCAAGGUAACAAAUAUGCAGAAAUAAGACUGUGUACCAUUCACAAAGUAUGUUAUGGGAAAAAAAAUAUCCAGUCCUGUUGUCCAGAACAAGUAGAUUUUGCUACCCAACAUCAAAUUUUCAUGUGCACUUGCUCAAUAAGCAAAGAGCUAGGCAAGCUGUCUUCUUAAAGCUAUGUAAGAAGUAAACUAAUACCAGUACUCCAUUUUCCUGGGCAGGAAGAAUCUGAGACCUCCUUGUCCAUAAGACAAGCUAGAAUUCAAGUUUUUCUCUAGACUUGUCACAAGUCGACUGUGUGACACUUGCGAAGAGAGUGAAAGUGAGUGUUGAAGUCAUAAGAGCAAGACGAGGCACGUAGUUGUGAGUCAACUUGUUCCGUCUGCAAAGAAUUGAAUUAAAUUAGCAUAAUAUUGGUGAAAAAAUGGUUUGUGAUUGUCAGAAGAGAGGCUAGCAGCAGACUGUACCCUGGCUCCAGAGGUGCAUCCCCAAAAUGCGUAUGAAAUAAACUGUGGUCUGGGGCUCCAUUGAAUCGGGCAAAAGGUAAACUAAAGACUCUAGUGAUUAAUUUUACAGCAAAUGAUAAGCCCUCAGAUUCAAUGAAACCAGAAUCGCUGCUCAAUUUAUUCCCUUGGUGAAAUCAACUGAAAAGUCCACCCAAACAUUAUCAUAGCCGGAAGUUUCCACUAUUUAUGUACGCUUAUGUUUUUGAAUGGUACACUGUGAAAUGUUAGAAAAAGCCUGUUUCCCGACUGACUACCAAACCAGCAGAAACUGUAAACGGGCUGAGAGAAAGUCUAGUUUUUCUCACACCUUGUUUAUCUAUGAAUUAUGUAAUUAUCUGCAUUCAUUCAUUUAUUCAUGUGAUCGGUUUGUUUAUGCCACAGAAAAGAAUUUGAGAGUCAUAAGAUAAGUCACCUAGUAAGUGUUAGAUGCCGUGAUGUCUGUAAAGAAGGAUUCGGUUUAAAUCAAGUAGCUGAUGCAGGCAAGUUCACCCAAAUGGAUAUAAUUAUCACCAUUAACUUUCUCCAUAAUAAAGACACUGGGAACUUUCUUUUCAGUUGUCCUCACUUCCCUAAAAAUGCUCAGUGUUUUAGUUACUGUUUGAAGUAACGUGUCAUAUUUCUUGCAGUGUUUCUAGAUUUGCCAGCACCAUGGGAGGCAAUACAAUCCAGUAAAGAGGCACUCAAAGUACGUUACCACUAAAUAGCUUGACACAGAAGCAAGUUAAGGCUCUGUUUUCAUAAUUUUGUUUUGCUAAAUUGGCAUGGCUCUAGCCAAGCAUUUUGAGUAGAGAUAACAUAAUCAUGCACACAUGUUGAGCUCCUUACUAACUGCUGAUUUAUUUGAUAUUAAUUUUAUUUACCAUGAAUUUAAGCAGUCAUAAGGAUCCAAGUUUUUAAAUGAAAUACAAAUACAGGGUUUUCACUAAGGUUUCAAGUUGCCGGGUAAAUACAGCAAGUAGGUGGGGAAUCAAACAGCUAGGGAUUUCGUAUGGUUCUAUUUUUUUCUAUUUUCCAGUGAAAGUGGCAGGGGGACCACAUUCGUAGUUGCCAGAGAAAUCCUUGCCCCUCGGCUCUUAAUGGCAGCCCUGUAAUGUACUGGACCACUGAAAGGACAUGACAUGCUUGAUACAUGGUGAUACUCUGUUAAAAAUAAUAUCUUAUUGUUUUAAAACAGGCAGAAGGGGGAAGACUCUGUUCCUUUUCUCCUUGCAUUGAACAAGUGCAGAGGACAUGUGAGUCACUGAGAUCAUGCGGAUUUAGAGGUAAUGUACAUUAAUUGUUUUUGAAGUUAUGAAUAUAUGAAAAUCAUAUAUGUGAACUGCUGAGUGAAAAAAUUAUAAGAAGGAAGGCCAUCGAAGUUAUAUACACAACUUUUGCAGUUGCGAAAAGAAAGCCUGAAAAAAACAGUCAGGCUUGUACGGGAUUCGAACUCUUGAUAACUGGUGCAGCAAGAAAUUAUUUGAUGAACGAAUAACAAACCAAUCCAGCUACCUGCCCCCAGUUGGCCUUUUAGCUUAAUUGGUACAGCGCUGCACCAGUAUCGCAGAGGUCAAGGGUUUGAAUCCUGUACAAGCCUGAAUUUAUUUUCAAGCUUUCUUUUUGCAACUGCAAAAGUUGCGUACAUUGUAUAUAACUGCGAUGAUCUUCCUUCAUGUAAUUAAUUAUUUUUGUUGUUUUGAUGUAUGCAGUUUGUCCAGUUAGGACUAUUAGUUAAGUAGCCAGCAUCAGUCUACACUGUAGUCGAGUAACCAGUGUCUACAUAACAGAUAAGUCGCUAAGAACUGAUUAGGCCUUGAGUACAGCUGUAUAGUUAUAAAGUGAUUUCUCUGCCCAUACACAUUAUAAGUAAAUGUUUCUCAUUGGGUAUUAGUGAGUUAUGUGAUGUUUUCCUCAUCAUGUCUUUCUGCUUCAGACAUAACAGUGAUGGAGUGCCUGUCUAGAACAUUUGAAGUCAAAACAGUUCCUCUCCAAGUUCCAUACUUGGGUCCUGGUGUAAGCAUAUUUUUUUUCAGAUAGAUGUAUAUGAAUAGCUCAUAUAAGAACUGCAGAAAUGAAAUCAAAUGAAGCAUGAUCCUUGCAGUUGUGAACAAUAUUUAUGCAAUUGCCCUAUUUUUCGGAGGGAGAGAAGCGACGACCGGAAAUGCGUCUGCUGUUUGCAGGCUAGCAUAAUCUAGGAAUAAUAAUGUUUUUCAUGUUAUUUCAUAAAUGAAUGAAGAGCCUGUCAUCCUAGGAGGGACUUAUGUUUAGAGGAAGGGGAUUCCCCAUUAUAAAAGCUAUGUUGAGUGUUAUGUUUCCCUAGAGUGUAUGGCUCGUGGGUCAUUUAAUUUGAAGACAGUUAUUUUUGCAGAGGUUUUGGAAGGAGAUUUCAAAGUUUCAAGUCCAAAAAUCUUAUGCGUCAAAUGCCCUUUGCUAGAACGUACAGUGUACUAAAACGACCCUGAAUUUAUGAAUGCAAUGUCAUUAGUUUUAUUACUUAUGAAAAGCAAGGAACAGAAAGUUCAACAUUGGCGACUUCUAGAGGCAAGAAUAUAAAAAUAAAUCCAUUUUUAUGUCAAGUUACUAUUAUUUUUUGAAGACUUCCGACGAACAGGUUCUUUAAACCUUGCAAAGUAUCUGUUGGAGGACCGCCUCUUCCACUCCUGUGGAAUUUGCAGGAAGUUGUUGUUUGGAGCAAAUGAAAUUCUCUCGGUUUGGUGAGUUAUUCGGUACAUCAGGGGAUUGAGCCACAUAUUGGAGAUACAAAAGUCACUGCUUACUGCGCGAGGAAAAUGCAGAAAUAAAAAUAAAUAAAAAGUUGGAUACUCCGAAUGCCUCUGGAUUCUCCCAUGUGGCCUGACCAAUACACCAACUAAGUUCUGAAGAACAACUAAGUAAGCAAGAUGUAUGACAGUAAAAGGCGCAAGUGUACAUAUAUUACGUUGUCCGAGCGGCACCCAUCCUCGGAGACCCAGGGGCAGUUAAUCGGGUCGAUAAAAUGUUCGUGGUGAAAGUUUACUGUAAGAUCGAGACGAGCAGUAAACUUUCACCACGAACAUUUUAUCGACCCGACUAACUGCCCCUAGGUCUCCGAGGAUGAGCAGCACCUUGACUGGAGGUGAAUUAUUUUUGUAUUAGCUGGGGUGCAUUCCCUCUUCCUUGAUUUCGUUGCGGCAAGCCUGGGGACUCCAGGACGCCUCACAGGUGGGGUGUAAAAUGCUGAUGAAACGAAACUAAAUUUUUUUCAGGACUGUCAAUUAUUUCAAGAAGACGCCGUAAACUCAUUAUCUCGGAAGAGAAAACUUGAUGUGGAAAGUAACAAGCCUGACGUUGUAACACAGAAGGUAUCACUUUGUGUUGGGAAUCUUAGUUUUCAGGUUUCUUUUGUCGAAUGGAACCGAACUCUCAUCUAGCCCUUUAAAUAGUUAGUGAAGUGUUUAGUUUGUUUAGUUUAAAAAUGAACUAAACAAUGUUCGUUCAGUUACAACAAAAAAGAAAAAACAGAGAUAACCAGCACUGGCUUUUUCAGGUUUGAAUUUCUGAGAGUGGAGUACUUGUAUGUCAUGAAGUGGCAUGACCAAAUACCUGUGCAUCGGCCUAGCAAUCAGGAUGGUCUGGGUUCAAGUCACACUCAGAUUUUUCUCGGUAGAGGUAUUCCAUCUCCUGAGCCAGUUGAAAUUUUUACCCUCGUUUGCUCUAAUUGUACUAUUUACUUUACAUCUUUGCUCAAUUCUAUCGACGUUGUUGCCCCCAACACUCCGUUUACUACGGGUAAUGUCGACUGAGAUAUCGGUCGAUAUAGAGGUCGACACUCAGUCGACAGUCGGUCGAUACUCGGUCGACACUCGGUCGAUAUUCGGUCGAUAUAGCGGUCAAUAGUCGGUCGAUAGUCGGUCGACACUCGGUCGAGACACGGUCGAUAGUCGUUCAAGAUGUGUCUCGGCCGUUAUAGCUUUUCGUUCACCGACACUUCGCCGAUAGUUGGUCGAUGCUUGACCGAUGUAUAAGUCAGUAAUUGGUCGACACUCGGUCGAUGGUCGGUCGACACUUGGUCGAUAGUCAGAAGAUAGCCGUUCGAGAUUCUUGAAAAAUUCGCAUUUUGGACAUUUUUGGUCAGUUAUGAGUCCAAACUACUCAAAAUUAAACAUGAAAGCAUGCCUUUCUUUGCAAUAGCAUCCCGUUGUGUGACAUUUUUUGGUACAGGCAUGCCUUCAGCUUCUUGUUAUGUGAUUUAUUCCCACCGUGUAAGGCCUACAUCUGGCUAAUUUUUCCUAUGCCGAGAAUUUUUCAACCGACUCAGAACUCCAUUGAUGAAAAAAUGUAUUUACAGUUCAUUUUGUUCAACUUGUUUUUCCUUAACAAAUAAAGAUAAUAUUAAUGUUAACGCGGCGCAUACUGUCUUCCUUUUAUUGGCUGACCAAGAGUGACUUACCAUUCAGUAUUAAUUUCGGUAUACGCAUGGUCGUCUUUAUUUUGAACACAAUAUAAAGCGAAAGGACAGAGCAAAAGGACAGGAAAAUGUAAUGAGAACGUAUGAGUAUUUUCCUUGCUGUAAGUUGAAAUCAUUCCCACAAUAAAUGAAUGUGUUCAGUCUGCUGGAUAUUUUGUCACCUUCCUCGGCGCAUUAUCAGCGCGUUUUAUCAAUAACUGAUCGUUAAAAAAAGGACUGUUCCCGUCUUCAAUGCAGAAAUAUAUAAGUUUAAUUUGUGGUCUCUGCACAAACGAGAAUUCGGCGUGAUGAAGCAGGUCAAAGCCCGAUAAUAAAAGAUGUCAUGAACUGCCUUUUCCUAUUCAUUAUUCGUCCACUUCGGGACUGCGGGAGCAGUCGUUUCACUCGUCCUUCUUUAAGUAUUCUUCGACUGCGGGACCACAGGAGCAGCAGAUUCAACUUAGGCUGAGACAGGUUCUGUUUAACAGCUAAAAAUAAGACGAUCGGUGAGGAUACAAACUGGAAAAAAAAAACGGUUACCAUGUCCUUAGUUCCCAGUGCUCUUCGGUUCGCUUCAUAGAACAAUCGCGCCUCGCACUGCCACAUGUUCCCCCAUCGCAUGAUAACAGUAAUUAAUGACGUCUUUGCUUAAAAAAAAGCCAUUGGACUCAAAUUAACACGACUGAUAUUCGAACGACAGUUGACCGAUAUACCACCUACAGUUGACCGAUAUACCACCGACAGUUGACUGAUAUACCACCGACAGUUGACCGAUAUAUUACCGACCAGCUCCUGCACCAACAUAUGACCGAUAGCAAGUAGAGGUGCGUCGUCGAAAUAUCGACCGAUACUCGGCCGAUAGUCUUUCUCACUAUCGACCGACUAUCGACAGACUGUCGACCGACUAUCGACCGACUGUCGACCGACUAUCGACCGAGUAUCGACCGACUAUCGACCGAUUGUCGACCGCUAUAUCGACCGCUAUAUCGACCGCUAUGUCGACCGCUAUAUCGACCGAUAUCUCGGUCGAUAUAACCCACAGUAAACAAGAUCCAUUUAUUCUACUCGUAAAAAUUUUGAUUUCGUUUUUGCUUCUAAUUUCUGUUUAUGUUAGAAUUCUUCAAGCUUCCAAGAUGAUCCAACAAAUACAGGUGAUAUAAUAAUGGCUUCAAGAUCGAAUCAUGACUCCUCUGAAGAGAAAGUGCUCGUAGAAAAUGAGGAAAUGAACUUACCAAAAUCUGGCAAGAUUUGCGAAGAGGAAGCCUCGCCCAGUUUUCGUAAGAAAUUCACGGAUACUGAUCCUGCGACUGGACUAGUACGCAAUGUAAGGGCGAUCAUAUCACAGAAAGCCAACAAAACAAAUAUUCUGACUGGCAGGCCGCUGAAAGAUAUGACAGGACACACGGGAUAUUUGACGUUCGCGACACUUCAUGCACAAUGCGUAACUGCCGAUCACAAAUCGGAGGAACAAGAAAAUGAAUAA